AUGAGAGUUGCGAUCCGGGAGCAGUUGGCAGCCCUCGUGCUACUUGCUGUGCUCGUCGCGCUCGCUAUCGUCUCUAUACCUACUUGGAUUUACGUCAACCGCUUCGUUAUUGGAGUAGAGACUAAUGGUCUCUCCUUAACCGCUUCUCUCAAAGCUGCUCGCGUUGCCUCCGAAAUCGAAUUGAUCCAGACGACAUGUAAUCACAUAGCAACGAGACUACUUAUUCAAAACGCUCUUGUAUCUUUUUAUCGCGGUAACGAAUCUGAUGCUCUUUGGGACUCUGCCUCCGCCGAUAUUAUCAGCGCCUUGAUCACUCCGCCGGGCGUUUCUACGAAUCUUCUACAAUCAAGAAUCUAUUCGCGAAAUGAGACUGGCGCAGAUCGAUCUGGUGGACUUCUAAGUGUAACAGGUAGCAACAUUUCCGAGGUUAGACUGCCUUAUAAGGCACCUGAUGGGUCACAAGCUAUCUUAGGUGAUAACCCUUCGGGUUAUCCGCCGUCACUGUACCCAAACAUAACAUAUUACAGUUCAGCAAAUCCCGACCCAGGCUAUCCUAACCAUACUGCUGUCGUAGCUAGGCCAUUUCCAGAUAUACGAAUUGACUCGAGUGUUGAUGGCAUGGUAUUAGGACCGCUCGUAAUCAAUGAGACAUACGCCCUCAUCUCAUUGACUAUCCCGAUCCGCAGCAAUCGGAACGAUGAGGUGAUACUUGGAUAUAUGACUACGAUCGCCGAUGCUACCUCGCUCGUUAAGAUCGCUGCGUCUAAAGAGGGAUUAGGAGAUACUGGCACAGUUUUACUCGUCGGUCCUUCUACAGGUUGGAAUCGGUUUAGCAAAUACAACUUACCUGCGAAUGCGAGCCAUGAAGCGGCGACUAAUUUCUCGAAUGUCGACGUCAAUUUUGUCUUACCACCGCGGGUAAUGCCUGGUCAAUCAGAUAGGCAUACGCUGCAUAAUUAUGCCUCUGGAAAUUUCAAUCAGCCUUUCAAAGUCAUAAGAUACAAUGCGGCAUACAGGGCCUUUACUAGUCGAAACCCCUCGAUCAAUAAUGCUAGCAGUAUACUUUCCACCAAAAAUGAGCAGGGGGUUGACGUUGCCGUCGGAUAUGCUCGGCCGCAGACUUCGCUGGUUAAUUGGACGCUCAUCGUCGAACAGGACAGGUCCGAGGCUUAUAUUCCUAUCGAUACACUCCGACGUAUACUGUUAGGUUGCGUUUUCGGAACCGUUGGACUCACCCUACUUUUAGUUAUACCUUGUGCUCAUAUGAGCGUUUUGCCUAUUCGCAGAUUAAAGGCUGCCACCGAAAAGACCAUUGCUCCUCCCGGCUACGCCGAAGCGUAUAUAGACGAUCUAGACUACGAUGAAGACGAGGACCAUGAAGGAUCAGGCAGCGGGAGUCGAAAAUCUGUUAAAGGGGUUGUAAUUCGGUUGAAAAGAUUGAUUCGAAGAUCUACGCGAUCAAGGACUACGCCAUCGACCCAUGACAGCGAGCCGCGAAGACGGAUUUUCAAGAUUCCAGGCAAAGUUAACGAUCGCAAGCAUUAUGUAACCGACGAGCUUACAGAGUUAACUACGACUUUUAACGAAAUGAGCGAAGAACUAUUAAGGCAAUACACUUCCUUAGAAGAGAAAGUUGCGGAGCGAACACGCGAACUCGAGAUUAGCAAGAAGGCGGCUGAGGCCGCCAACGAGAGCAAGACUUUAUUCAUUGCGAACAUCUCUCACGAGCUCAAGACCCCCAAACGGUAUCUUAGGCAUGUGUGCUGUCUGUAUGGAAGAAGACGACUUGCCUCGGAUCAAGCAGUCUCUGAAAACCCUUUAUAA